CACCAACGACUCCGUUUAGCCCGCACCCCGCUCGAGGUCGGGGGGCAGCGAAGCCGCGCAGAAGCCGCUCGUGCGGAGCCCCGUCCCGGGGCGGGCUCCCCGCGGAGGGGGCGGGCUCGGUCGGUGCGGUUCACCGACGCCGUUUCCCGGGAGCUCGCUGCUGUGGUCUGUGCGCUGUGCGGAGGGUCGCCUUUUCAUUUAUUUUCUGUGCUCUGUGCGGUGUAAUUCUCUGAUUACAGUUCGAAGUCUCGGGAGGAGUGUCGGUCAGGUUGGCCACGCUUGGGCAUUUCCUUUCGUUUGCGCUCAUUCUGAGGACGGGCACAGAAGGUGCGCUGACUCUCACUGAGCUCUUCGCCUCCCGUCAGGUGCGUUGAGUUCCUCGCCGCCGUUUAGACUCAGGUCUGCCGGGUUUGCAGGCGCUGCUCUGGAGGACGUCGGCAAGGCCUGGAAGAGAAGACUGCAAAUGGUGUGCGUGUGUAUCAUGAACCGAAUGAGCGCCCAGAGCAGCGGCUUCACGCAGCGCCGGCGCAUGGCCCUGGGCAUCGUCAUUCUCCUCCUGGUGGAUGUGAUCUGGGUCGCAUCCUCAGAACUCACUUCGUAUGUUUUUACUCAGUACAAUAAACCAUUCUUCAGCACCUUUGCAAAAACAUCGAUGUUUGUUCUGUACCUUCUGGGCUUUAUUAUUUGGAAGCCAUGGAGACAACAGUGUACAAGAGGAUUUCGAGGAAAGCAUGCUGCUUUUUUUGCAGAUGCUGAAGGUUAUUUUGCUGCUUGCACAACAGAUACAACAAUGAAUAGCUCUUUGAGUGAACCUCUGUAUGUUCCUGUGAAAUUUCAUGAUCUUCCCAGUGAAAAACCUGAGAACACAAAUAUUGAUACUGAAAAAACUCCCAAAAAGUCUCGUGUAAGGUUCAGUAAUAUCAUGGAGAUUCGACAGCUUCCAUCAAGCCAUGCAUUGGAAGCUAAGUUGUCUCGCAUGUCAUAUCCUACUGUGAAAGAACAAGAAUCCAUACUCAAAGCUGUGGGGAAACUUACUGCAACUCAAGUGGCAAAAAUUAGCUUUUUUUUUUGCUUUGUGUGGUUUUUGGCGAAUUUGUCAUAUCAAGAAGCACUUUCAGACACACAAGUUGCCAUUGUUAACAUUUUGUCCUCAACUUCUGGACUUUUUACCUUAAUCCUUGCUGCAGUAUUUCCAAGUAACAGUGGAGAUAGAUUUACUCUUUCUAAAUUAUUAGCUGUAAUUUUAAGCAUUGGAGGUGUUGUGCUGGUAAACCUGUCGGGGUCUGAAAAAUCUGCUGGAAGAAAUACGAUAGGUUCCAUUUGGUCUCUUGCUGGAGCCAUGCUCUAUGCUGUCUAUAUUGUUAUGAUUAAGAGAAAAGUAGACAGAGAAGAUAAGUUGGAUAUUCCGAUGUUCUUUGGUUUUGUAGGACUGUUUAAUCUGCUGCUCUUAUGGCCAGGUUUCUUUUUACUUCAUUAUACUGGAUUUGAGGACUUUGAAUUUCCCAAUAAAGUAGUAUUAAUGUGCAUUAUCAUUAAUGGCCUUAUUGGAACAGUUCUCUCAGAGUUCCUGUGGUUGUGGGGCUGCUUUCUUACCUCAUCAUUGAUAGGCACACUUGCACUAAGCCUUACAAUACCUCUGUCUAUAAUAGCUGACAUGUGUAUGCAAAAGGUGCAGUUUUCUUGGUUAUUUUUUGCAGGCGCUAUCCCUGUAUUUUUUUCAUUUUUUAUUGUAACUCUCCUAUGCCAUUAUAAUAAUUGGGAUCCUGUGAUGGUGGGAAUCAGAAGAAUUUUUGCCUUUAUAUGCAGAAAACAUCGAAUUCAGAGGGUUUCAGAAGACAGUGAACAGUGUGAGAGUCUUAUUCCUAUGCACAGUGUUGCUCAGGAGGAUGGAGCAAGCUAGCUGUUGUCAGUCGUCCAGCUUGACAAUGGAACAUUAUAUAUAAGCGAAGAGACAAUCUCUGGCAAGGUUUUGGAGAAAAAUGUUUCAGUGCCUACUCUGAAAAAUAACAUUUUCAGUUCUUUGGAACUCUAAAAUAUAUUUUCCUCAUAUUGGUGUUCUUCAUUUUCAUAAUGAAGUUCUUUGCUAUAUAGCUGUGUACACGUCACCACAGUUAUAGGAAGUUUCAGUCCACAGUCUGUCUAAAGGACCACCUGCCUUACACAUCUCAAGGAAUUCAGCCGAUGAAAUAAUCUGAACUAAUCAAGGGAUAAAAUCCUAAUGUCUGGAGAUUUUAUCUUCACCUAUUAUUUGUUAAAUGCUGGACUGUAUUAUGAAAAUGUUUCCAAGAAAUCGUUUAGUAUAUAGAUCAAUGUUUGUAUAGGUAAAAUGCUAAAUUAAGCUGCCUAUAAUAGGUACAGAUUAUAUUUCUGAGUUUUGUAGAAUAUUGCAAAUUAACACAAAAAAUGUUUAAUUUAUGUGACAAAUAUAUUUACACAAAUUUGGUUAGACUUCAGAAAGAAUAUUUGAGAAAAGGUCUGGUUCACUUACACUACAUAUACUGUGUUAUCCUUUCAUAGCAUUAGGUGCCUUGUAUUUUAAAUCUGUGACAAACCAUGACAAAUUUUUAAAGGGGAAAUAUUGUAAAAUGAAGAAUCAUGUAUUUCUAAAGCCUGUAUUGCUGUAAAUUUAAUUGAUAAAGCUCUGUUUAAUUUAGAGUUUUGAAGAAAUAUUCUCUCUUCAAUUAAGACAUUUUCAUAGUGGAAUGACUUAAAUUGAAGUGAUAAAAGAGUAUUAUGAAAAUAAAGUGUUUAUAUAUAUGUGUGUAUUAUAGAUCUAUCAGUUGGUUUCUGAUUUUUUUUUCACAUAAAAAUGUGUCACAUUA